UAAACUGAAAAUCAGCUUCAAGAAAAAGUGAGAAAAUUAGCUAAAAAUGGAGUUAUUAUUCAUGAAAAAUUUGAUCUUUGCAACUCAAAUUGAUGUCCCAAAGAGUAAUCCAAUAAACCCAAUUCGUAUAAGAAGGAUUUGCAGUUGUUCUUGGAAUAUUCACUUCAAAAAAUCAGACUUUCAAGAUUUUCGGGACUAUGUAAAACCUUCCCGCCUUUUACCAGCCACUGACAUAAAAUUCUGUGGAGAUUGGUCGCUGGAAAACAUGCUCAAUCAUUCGAAAUUGGACAGAUCCAACUCUUUUUACAAAGUCAAAGUGCAAACGAGUAGCGCAUAUGGAUCAGAUCUUACCGAUAUAAACUCUGAAGUCCUGCUUUGUUUGAUAGAUGCAAAUGGUGAUUCAAUCUUACAGAGGAUAUUCGCUGGUCCGGAGAAUGCCAGUUCUGUGCAGUCACAAGGUUCUGAUCUUCUCCAUUUCCAAAGAGGUUCCGUAGAUGAGUUCGUAUUUGAGGGACCUAAACUUGGAAAAAUUGCAGCUGUUUGGAUCAGCCCAGAAUCAGGUCAAUGGAGGCUUGGAGGCAUGAGCAUAACUGUCAUUUCCCUUCUAAAUUCCGAGUCAGUAGGAAAUGAGAAGAAUUUAUCAGACUGUACAGCCAUCCAGUAUGACUUUGAUAUCGAGGAUGUCUUGCUCGGUGAGAAAAGCGAUAGUUCCAUGAUGGAGUUUAGACCAUGUUCGGUUACUGAGUUUUCUGAGGACAACAUUGUAUCAUUAAGUGAGAAAACUUCACCAUCAUUUUCCCUUAGCACUCAGAACAUAUCAAACGAAGACACCAUGAAGGAAUACACAGAUUUGAAGUUAUCUUUGUUGCUUUACGAUGCAAUCCUUACCAUUGCUGGCUCGUCUAUUGCAUUCUUAGCUGGGGAUAAGUCUGCAAUCGCCUUCUUAACAGGUGGUAUCGGAGGAUUCCUCUAUCUCUUACUCGUGCAGAGGUCUGUUGACGGUAUACCAUCUUCAGAAUUGACUCCAAGUAACAGAACUCAAACUCUUGAUCAAACCGAUAAGGGAUUCAAAGGCUCAGUGCUAAACAUAGUAUUGGCUCUUGCAGUUACUACCAUUGCAGCAAAAUAUGCUCUCGGAGACGUUGCUAGAGUGCUGACACCGCAAGAUCUCAUGCUUGGAACGAUCGGAUUUCUGUUGUCCAAGGUAUCCGUGAUUUUGGCAGCUUUUCUACCAAUAACAGGUUCAAGAGAAAACAAAUGAUACUAUACUCAUAAUAGUCCUUGCAUAUUCAUGUUUAGCUUAUACAGAGUAACAGACAAAUACUACUACUUUUUUAUAACGGUGGUGUUUGGGUUAUUUUGGAUGUACCUGACUAAUUCCACGGGGUACCUGCUACAUCCCACCAACACAGGUACCAGAUGACUCUGUCCACCGUGACUUAUACAGAUAAAUCUUUUACUUUAAUCUUGAUUUGUCUUCAGUUGUACACAUACUAUUUAACCAUAAUACACUUGUAUAUGUAUCCAAGAACAACAAAGAUAUAUACAACCUUCCACAUGACUUCUUC